AUGGCAUCUGCACCCGAGUACCAGGACAACGCUCAGCACCGCUUCGACCCCAAUUUCACUGAUGCUGUCAUCAACGCCAUUGGUCCCAAGGUGGACGAUAGGACACGCUUCGUCAUGGGCAAGCUGAUUCGCCACCUCCACGACUUCAUCCGCGAGGUCGAGCUCACCAACGAGGAGUGGUUCGAGGGUGUCCGUUUCGUGAACUCCAUUGGCAAGACUACCACAUCGUCGAGAAACGAGGCCCACCGCAUCUCCGAUGUUCUGGGUGUAGAGUCGCUGGUCGAUGAGAUCGCCCACAAGCACAUCAGCGAGUCUGGCGAGGCACCCACAUCGAGCACCAUCCUCGGCCCCUUCUGGUCGCCCCACUCUCCCUUCCGUGAGCUCGGCGACUCCAUCAUCACCGACCCCCACCCGGACGGCCAGAAGACGCUCAUGCACGGCGUCGUCCGCGACCUCGACACCAAGAAGGGCAUCCCCAACGCUGUCAUCGACAUCUGGCAGGCCAGCGCCAAUGGCAAGUACGACUUCCAGGACCAGGAGAACCAGAAGCCCAACAACCUGCGCGGCAAGUUCACCACAAACGAGAACGGCGAGUACUGGUACUACUGCUACAAGCCGACCGCGUACUCGCUGCCCAUGGACGGCGCUGCAGGCCAGCUCUUCAAGACGCUCGACCGCCACCCCUUCCGCCCCGCUCACAUCCACCUGAUGGUCACAGCCGAGGGCUUCAAGCCACUGAUCACACAGCUGUACCCCCGCGACGACCAGUGGGUGCAGAACGACACCGUGUUCGCUGUCAAGGACGAUUUGCUGCUCGACUUUGAGCCCAGCAAGGACGACAAGGCCAAGUACGACCUCGAGUACAACGUCACUCUUGCGCCGACGGGCAAGAAGACUGGCCGUCUUGAGGGCAUCCCGAGGCUGCCUAAUAUGCCGACUUCGCUUACCGUGAUUCCUGAACAUAUAUACCUCCAUCCCCCUCCCAUCAUGCCUCAUAUUGUCAAACUCCUCUUAGCUCUGACCCGCCACACCACCAAACGAAUCAAACCCCCCUCCCACCGCCGAUUCACCACCACCCCACAAUUCACAAUGCGCGUUCCAUAUGCUCCGAAAGAAGCACCUACCGAGGAGGCCCGACCGGUUUACGAACGCAUCGCCGCCCGCCGCAAUCCCCGUCCGUUGAUCCCCCUCGAUCUGGCCCUGUUACACAAUCCAAGCGUUGCAGAUGGCUGGAGCUCCUUCAUCGGGGCGAUCCGCACAAAGACCUCUGUACCCGACACACUGAAAGAACUCGCCAUAUCCCGCAUUGCAGCACUGAACGGCGCGGUGCACGAAUGGGAUGUGCAUGCCGCGCUUGCAAUCAAAGCCGGCGUGUCUACAUCAACCAUGAAAAUCGUUUUCGAGCACCCAUUCAUCGGCAGAGGGGCAGAGAGGAAGGGGGACGGGGAGGGUUUGGAGAAGUUGACUAAGGAGGAGAGAAGUGUAUUGGAGUAUACGGAUCAGAUGACUCUCGGGGUACACGUGGAGGACGAUGUUGCGGAGGCUCUCAAAACAUUCCUGGAAGACAAGCAGAUUGUCGAAUUGACAGCGACCGUUGCAGCGUACAACUCCCCCCGCCUCCUCACACGUACCCUCCGCCACGCACCGCGCAUCGCACCACUCUCCACUGUCCGCCACGCCUCGACCAAACACCCCGUCAACUUCACACCGCCCACGCAAUCCGAUCUCGACGAGCUGCGCGAAAGCGUCCAAGACUUUGCACGCCGCGAGAUCCCUGAAGAGCUUGCUGCAAGAACCGACCGCGAGAAUGCGUUCCCCAACGACAUGUGGCAGAAAUUCGGCGAAGCCGGAUUCCUCGGCAUAACCGCGAGCGAAGAACACGGCGGCCUGGCGAUGGGCUACCAAGCGCACUGUGUUGUUAUGGAGGAGUUGAGUAGGGCGAGUGGGAGUAUAGGGUUGAGCUAUGCGGCGCAUAGCCAGUUGUGUGUGAAUCAGUUGAUGCUGAAUGGGAAUGAGGCGCAGAAGAAGAAGUACCUCCCUGGACUAAUAAGUGGAGAGAGGAUCGGCGGUUUGGCGAUGAGUGAGCAUUCUGCGGGGAGUGAUGUGGUCUCCAUGAAGACGACGGCGAAGGAGGUGGAUGGGGGGUAUCUCUUGAACGGGACCAAGAUGUGGAUCACGAAUGGCCCAGACGCACACACCAUCGUCGUCUACGCCAAAACCGCGCCUGACGCCGCCUCCAAGGGCAUCACGGCCUUCAUCGUCGACACUGACACCAAAGGCUUCUCCGUCGCCAACAAGCUCGACAAACUCGGCAUGCGCGGCUCCAACACAGGCGAACUCGUCUUCGAAGACGUCUUCGUGCCCGCGGAGAACAUGCUGGGCUCUCUCAACAAAGGCGUCCGCGUGCUGAUGGAGGGUCUCGACCUCGAGCGCCUCGUGCUCUCCGCCGGUCCCCUCGGGCUGAUGCAAGCCUGCCUCGACAAUGUCCUCCCCUAUACCCAUCAGCGAAAACAGUUCGGCCAGCCGAUCGCGCACAACCAGCUCGUUCAAGGCAAGCUGGCGGACAUGUACACCAAGUACCGGGCCAGCGCCUCCUUCACAUACAGCGUUGCCCGUGCGGUCGACGAGUCGCACGCCGACCCCAUCAUAAAAACGCAAGACUGUGCGGGCGCGAUUCUGUAUGCGGCGGAGCGUGCAAGUGAGGUCGCAGCCGACGCAGUCCAGCUCAUGGGCGGGAUGGGGUACAUGAACGAAGUCCCCGUUGGCAGGAUUUUAAGGGAUGCAAAGCUUUACGAGAUUGGCGCGGGGACGAGUGAGGUUAGGAGGAUGGUUAUCGGGCGCGCGUUUAAUAAAGAGUAUAAGCAGGAGAUAUAGAUAGUGGUGGAAAAGAAGCAUAAAUGUAAAUAGUAGUAGACAAGUCAAGUUUCAACAUAUUCAUCC